GUAUACUGUAAUGCCACGGCAACAUAAUUACCCGCCAAAUGCCCCGCUUAUUUGGUUUUGAUGAGAUACCUUUCCUUAACUUCUUUAGUUCCUUCUUUAACCUCCCUCCAUUUUUGUCGGAAAUUCCAGCCAACAACUUUUUGCACAAUCUACUAUUUUUAUUUUUAUUUUUUCUCAAAAAAGCUGACUCCUUUCCACUUUGAUCAAUUCAUUUUUCCUUUUUGUUUAAUCAAGUGUCAUGUUAUUUUUUUUUUUUUUUUUUAAUAUUAUUAUGAUCAUAUAUAAAUCCAUGAUUCAUCUAGGUUGAUUUUUAAAUUGCUGAAAAUUUCUGCAUUUCGCCUGAAUUCUUGGUUCCAAUUUUAGUUUUAAUUUCUGAGUUUUUGUGGGUCUUUUGAUUUUUUUUUUUCUCUUUUAAAUGAUUCAUUUUUUACAAAUGUCAACCAUUUAAUCCAUUUUCACACCCCAAAAAUCUCAACAAUUUUUUGAAUUUUGAAUUAAAAACCCCAAGUUCUUUCAUUUUUCCAAUUUUCAUUAUCAAACUUGAAUGUGAUGUUAAUUUCCUCUAUUUUUGACUUUUGAGGAAAAAAAGUUUUGUUUUUUUUCUAAUUUCAUUUCAAAUUUUGUCAAUAAGAAGUCUUAAUACUAUAUUGCUAACAGCUGCGUACAUCUUGUUUGAUAAAAGUCCUCAACCAAAAAGCAAAUUUUUUUUUCACAUUAACAAAGAAAUUAUAAGAUAUUAUCUUAAGUUUGUGUAUUUUUUAUUUCUGGGUUUUUCCAGAAAGGGUAAAAUAUGGGUUGUUUUCCAUGCUUUUCAUCACAGAGGAAAGCAAAAUUGAGGCACAAUAGCAGAAGGAAUGUUUCUUCGCCUCGACACGAAACUCAGGGAGCUAGAGAAACAACUUAUAAUAAAAAUGAAUAUAGGGAAAAUGGGGACAAUAAUAUUGCAGCACAGACUUUUACAUUCAGAGAGCUCGCGACUGCAACGAAGAAUUUCCGUCCAGAAUGUCUGAUAGGUGAAGGUGGGUUUGGAAGAGUGUACAAGGGCCAACUUUCAAAUGGACAGACAAUAGCAGUAAAGCAACUCGAUCGAAAUGGGUUGCAAGGGAAUAAAGAAUUUCUUGUUGAGGUUCUGAUGCUUAGUCUUCUACAUCAUUCAAAUCUGGUUAAUCUCAUAGGCUACUGUGCUGAUGGAGAUCAGAGGCUUUUGGUUUAUGAAUACAUGUCUUUAGGAUCUUUGGAAGACCAUCUGUUUGGUAAUCAUUUGUCCUAUUAUUAUCACCUCAAAUUUAACUUUGUAUCACAUAUACCUGCACUCUAUUGGCUGAUUUCGUGGGUGAAAAACUUGUAUUGUACAGAUAUUUCGCGGGAGCUAAGACCAUUAGAUUGGUAUAAUAGAAUGAAAAUAGCAUUGGAUGCUGCCAAGGGAUUAGAAUAUCUACACGAUGCAGCAAACCCUCCAGUUAUAUACCGGGACUUGAAAUCAUCUAAUAUCUUGCUAGAGAAACACUACCAUGCAAAGCUCUCUGAUUUUGGACUAGCAAAGCUCGGUCCUACAGGGGAAAAUUCGCAUGUUUCUACUAGAGUUAUGGGAACCUAUGGCUAUUGUGCACCAGAAUACCAAAGAACAGGUCGACUAACAACUAAAUCGGAUGUAUACAGUUUUGGAGUUGUUUUACUGGAGCUAAUUACAGGGCGAAGAGUCAUUGACACCAAUAGACCAAAUCACGAGCAGAAUCUUGUCACUUGGGCACAACCAUACUUCAGUAAUCCAAUAGAAUACCCACAGUUGGCUGAUCCUCUUCUUGAUGGGGAUUUUCCAGUGAGGGGCUUAAACCAGGCUGUGGCAAUAGCAGCCAUGUGCCUUCAGGAAGAAGAAAAUGCACGGCCCUAUAUGAGUGAUGUGGUGACCGCCCUCAAUUAUCUGACAGUAGACCCACAUGAUGGCUAUACUUCUCCUGAUGGGUCUCCUGUCAGUGAAUACACCGACUGUAACAACCACCAUGUCCAAGGACAUCACGAUCAGAGUGCUAUAGAGCGCCAGCGAGCAUUAGCAGAAGCCAUGGAAUGGGGCUCUACUCACGCUGCUCUAUCCCGGGCUACUAGCUAUAACUCAACAACAUAAAUCUUUUUUUUCACUUUUUGUCCUAUGGUUUGACUUUGCUAAUAGCAAUGCAUAAUGCAACCUAAGGCAGUAUAACAAAUUUGUUACGUAUGUGCAAUGUGUGUUGGAGUUUGGGUUUGCCAAAUUGUGCAGUUUUUUUGUUUCGAGGAUACAAAUGCAUAUAUGAGAGGGAAAGUGGUGUGUUGACAGUUGAGCUCUACAUGUGUGGACUUGUUUAACUCCGGAAAGACAAAUCUGUAUAAUGAUAUAUGUGGGCAGAAUGCUCAAAUUUCUAAUGAAAUUUUUACAA